CCGCAGACAAGCAGCCAGCAGCUUAGUAGUCCCCAGUGGAGUCCUUCAGCGCUUUUGCCGCUCUCCCCACCACUAAGACUGCCGCACGCUUCUCUCGCUUGACCCCACCCUCUGCAAAGCCCAGGGCCGCAGCCUGAAUAACUUCCACCUCUUCCAAAUCUGCCUCGACAUACGAUCCCGCCUGUCGCCUCUGCCCUCCAGCGGCGCACUCCUCUAUCCAUCUCCAUCGAUAGCUUUUCUCUCUCUAGCCGACCCUUGCGCAUUCGUAUCUGCUGCCCGCCUGCGACGACAACAGCGAGGCAUCCCGCUCGACCUUUUUCUCCCCUCCCAUCCGACGCAGCCACAUCGCUGCCAGACACAUCUGCCCAUCAUGAAGGUCACAUUUCGAGAUCUCAAGCAACAAAAAUUCGUCCUCGAUGUAGAGCCCACAGACCAAAUCUCCGCCGUCAAGGAGAAGAUCGCGGCCGAGAAGGGCUGGGACCCCAAGAGCCAGAAACUCAUCUACUCAGGCAAAAUCUUGAAGGAUGACGAUACCGUUCAGUCAUACAAUAUUGAGGAGAAGGGGUUUGUUGUCUGUAUGGUGAACAAGCCCAGGCCCGCCGCCGCCGCACCCUCUGCCGCCGCCGCAGCACCGCCAGCUACUCCUGCGCAACGAGUUCCUAGCACACCUGCUGUGCCCCCUGCUCCCUCUCAGACUUCUAGCCAACCCCCCCCUCCAGCAACACCGACUCCGAACCGCUCCGUCGAGUCGCCGGCCGGCGGUGUUUCUGGCUUGGCCAUGGGUGCCGAGCGCGCCGAGGCUAUCGCUAACAUGGAAGCCAUGGGCUUCGAGAGAACCCAAAUCGAGGCGGCUAUGCGUGCCGCCUUUAACAACCCCGACAGAGCUGUUGAAUAUCUUCUAACUGGUAUCCCCGAGAACAUCCAACAAGAGCAGCAACAACGAGCGAGCCAACAGCAGGCCGCCACCGCAACUGCAGCUGCUGCCCCUGCUACUGAUGACGAUGGUGGCGUUAAUCUGUUUGAUCUUGCUGCUCAGCGAAGAGGUGGCGGCGGCGGCGAUGCCCCCGCGGCCGCUGGCGCUGGACAGGGCGACCUGGGCAACCUUGAUUUCCUUCGUCACAAUGCUCAGUUCCAACAGCUUCGUCAAGUAGUUCAGCAGCAGCCCCAAAUGCUUGAGCCUAUUCUGCAACAGCUCGGUGCCGGCAACCCUCAGCUUGCCCAGCUGAUUGCUUCGAACCCCGACCAAUUCCUGCAGCUCCUUGGUGAGGAUGCUGAUGAUGACGUUCCCCUGCCCCCCGGUGCCCAGGCCAUCUCUGUUACAGAAGAGGAGCGUGAUGCGAUUGAGCGGUUAUGCCGACUUGGAUUUGACCGGGACCAAGCCAUCCAGGCCUACUUUGCCUGCGAUAAGAAUGAGGAGCUUGCGGCAAACUUCCUCUUCGAUCAGCCAGAGGACGAUGAGCCACCGUCGAACUAAGAAGAUAAUUUCGUGGGAAGCUGAGAGGCUGUUGGAGCGUUUCAAUUGUAAUGAGCAAAGGAAAUACAUGGGAGGACAAAUGGAAGAUUAUUUUGAUAAUUUGGCAACAUUAAGGCGUAGGAUGACCUCGUGGGGCGAACGGCCGUAAUAAUGCUGCUGCUUUUUGAAAAUCAAGUAUCAUUUGGGGGUUGGACCUGGUCGAAAGAAAGAAAGAAAGCGCCGGCCCAUUGCACCCAAGGCAGGACGAGAACAGGCGAGACGAGGACGCGGGAUGCAGGACGCUUUGAUAGGUUAUAUGGAAGCUACUUACUCUGAUAUCGAAUUUGGCAAAACCAAAAAAAGUCGUUAAAGCAG